AUGGCCAAUAGAAACUUUGAUCUACACAAUUGUUUUCUUUUUUCUGCUUUUUCUGAGCUUGUAUCACUCGUAGAAAUCUCUGAUCCGCGAAAACUAGUAAAUGCAUUUUUUGAUACUGUAGAUUUAAAGCUCUUAAAUUUAAUAUCGAACAUGGUAAAUUACGUGCUUUUUGAAACAGCCUUUGGUUACUCCCUAUUCGAAUGUUUACAAAGCGAGGAGAUCGGGUAUAAACUUACAAAUGUUCAGCAGACUGUUCAAGAUUUAGCAAAAUUUGGAAAAGCAAUAAAACUCAAGUCAUUUGUUCCUUUUAAAAAUGCUGCCCACGCUUUGGAGAAUGCAAAUGAUAUAUCUGAAGGGGUCUUAAAUGACCAACUCAAAAAUUUCUUGGAGAUGAAUCUUCCAAAGCCCGGAAAAAAGAAAAGUCCUAUACUUGGCGUUGUAGAUAAGAAUUUGGCGAGUUCUAUUAAAGCUGAAUUGGGAUUCGAUUGUGAAACUAGCGAGAUUGUGUUGGAACUUGUUCGCGGCAUUAGAUUACAUUCCGAUAAGUUGUUAAAUCAAGUGAAGGAAGGUGAACUCGUUAAGGCGCAACUAGGAUUGGGACAUAGCUAUUCUAGGGCGAAGGUUAAGUUCAAUGUUAAUCGUGCUGAUAAUAUGAUAAUCCAGGCUAUAUCCUUGUUAGAUCAAUUAGAUAAAGAUAUUAAUACAUUUGCAAUGAGAGUUAGAGAAUGGUAUUCAUGGCAUUUUCCAGAACUCGUAAAGAUCGUUAACGACAAUUACAUAUAUUCUGUUCUCGCCAAAUUUAUUCGAAACAAAAACGAUCUAACUGAAGAACAUUUAGAAGAUCUUGCAGAAAUAGCUGGAGAUAAAUCGAAGGCGAAACAAAUUAUUGAUGCAGCUCGUGUAUCGAUGGGCACUGAUAUUUCUGAAUUGGAUAUGAUUAAUAUCGAACACUUCGCAGAUCGUGUAAUCAAUCUUGCCGAUUAUCGUAAAAGUUUACACGAAUAUUUAUUAUAUAAAAUGAAUAAUGUGGCUCCCAAUUUAUCGGCAUUAAUUGGCGAAGUUGUUGGUGCCAGGUUGAUUUCUCACGCUGGGAGCUUGGCGAAUCUCUCAAAAUAUCCUGCCUCCACUGUUCAAAUUUUGGGGGCUGAGAAGGCUUUAUUUAGAGCUCUUAAAACAAAAGGAAACACUCCAAAGUAUGGUCUUUUAUAUCACUCCUCUUUUAUUGGACGUGCUGGAGUUAAAAACAAAGGCAGGAUCUCUCGAUUCUUGGCUAAUAAGUGUACAAUUGCGUCCCGAAUAGAUUGCUUUACUGAUAAGCCUACUUCGAAAUUUGGUGAAGCUCUUAAAAAUCAAGUUGAGGAAAGACUGAAGUUUUAUGAAUCUGGGUCUGCCGUUACAAAAAAUGCUGAUGUCAUAAAUAAGGUGAUUGAAGAGCUUGAAAAAGAAGGUGACAAAGAAAUGGAUGUUGAUCAAGUUCAACCUGCACCUUCAGUGAAGCGUAAAGCUUUGGAAAUAACAGGUGAAGAAGUUUCUCCUCCUAAAAAACAUAAGAAAUUUAAAAUGCAAGCGGAUAGCGAUGACAAAACGAAAGAUAAAGCUGAGGAAACAGUUGUUGAAGA